AUGUCCCAGGAGCCGGAGCCAGAGCCAGGCACGAGCGGCCAGUCCCAAACUUCCCAAACGCAGUCCCAACCUCAAAUCCAAUCUCAGGGUGGGUCCAGCUCGUCUUCCAGUCACAAUACGUCUACGAGCCAAUCCUCGUCCUCUGGUUCGGGAACACUCAGCUCUGUAGAUACCAUUCCUGUAAGAGAUCUGCCGUCUAUACCAGAGGAGGCUCUUGAGCCGGAACCGGAGCCGUGGGGCCGCUUGUUACCCAUGGAACCGGGUUUCCGAGCCCUUAACUGCUUUGAAAAUGAAUACUGGUUCGGGCGGGAAUCAAAGUGUCACUAUAGUUUUGAUGACCGUAUUGUGAAGAGGUCACGAUGGUUCCACACCUACAGCAAAAAGCAUUUCAGGCUUUUUAGAGAAGACAACAUUGUUUACAUUGAAGACAACAGCGGAAAUGGAACAUGGGUGGACGGAAAUAAGAUUGGGAAGGGAAAGAUACAGGCUCUCGCCAACAACGCCGAGGUCGCCCUAGCUGAUCCGCGCAACAAAGUCUUCGUGUUCAUCGAUUUGAUGGCAAAAGAACAAGAGAGUUUUCCCAGAGAGCUCACAGAGAAAUAUCAGAUUACACGAAAGAUUGGCGCGGGAGUUUGCGGAGAGGUCAAACUUGGUUUUGAACGGGAAACCUGUAAAAAAGUGGCACUAAAGACCAUUAAUAAGAGUGACUUCAAAUCUGUUGGGACUGCCGCGCGAAAUGCCGAGAGGGAGAUCGAGAUUCUGAAAAAAAUUGAUCACCCGUGCCUUAUCAGAACAGAGGAUUUCUUCCAAACGGAUGAAUCAUACUACAUUGUCUUAGAAUAUAUGAAGGGGGGAGAGCUCUUUAACCGGGUCAAGGCCAAAAAACAGCUCGCCGAACCCAUCGCCAAACUGUACUUUUAUCAGAUGCUGAAAGCAGUGGAGUAUCUCCAUAGCAACGGCAUAAUCCACAGGGAUCUGAAACCUGAGAAUGUGCUACUGGAAUCGGAUGAGGACGAAUGCCUUAUCAAGCUCACUGACUUUGGUCAGUCCAAGAUCCUUGAGGAGACGUCUUUGAUGAAAACCCUAUGUGGAACCCCCACCUAUCUGGCCCCUGAGGUCUUCACCAGCGUCUCCACGGUGGGGUACACUAGUGCAGUGGACUGCUGGAGUCUGGGAGUACUUUUAUUCACAUGUUUGGGAGGAUACCCUCCUUUCUCCCCAGGCCAAAACAAGUCCGUUCAGGAACAGAUCCUCGAGGGCGUCUACCGAUUUAUUCCCUCCUACUGGAAGAACAUAUCCGAAGACGCCAAAGACCUUGUGAAAAAGCUGUUGGUAGUGAACCCACUGAAGCGUCUCAGUGUCAAGGAGGCCUUGGAGCACCCGUGGCUCCAAGAUAGCGAAAUGAGGGAGAAGGCAUUCCGGAUCAUGUACCCAGGUGCUUCAAAGGGUCGUAAACGGAAACCGGAGGAAGAUGAGUUGGAGCCUGGCGCAUCCAAGAGGUGA